GGGCCGGACGGCGAGGGCCGUGGCCGCUGCCGAAGAAAACACGAUCAGCUGCGCUCGCUCACGGAUGCAAUUUUACAAACUUAUUUUAUAUCUCGAAUUGAGCCAAUUAAUCGUCCGACUUUGGUGCGCCACCGAGUGCUGGAGAUGAGUUUCGCACGUCUGCUCGAAAAGACCGACUACCCCCGAGGCCGCCUGUAAUUUUCGCAGGUCAAAAAAGAAGGAGGGACUGCCGAGCUCGGCAACUACGAAAAGAUGAAAUUUCAUUGAUCUCAUUCUCUCGUCUAAUUCUCCCCUUGUAAAUUAACAUGAUCGAAUACGAGCAUCUCUCGUACAAACGAGAGCCAGAUCUGCACAACCGAUGCUGCAAUGGCAUGGUGUGGUGUAUCAAGGACAUUUGCGGCAUCAUUUGUGCUAUUAUGACUUGGAUGCUGAUUUUAUACGCCGAAUUCGUGGUGAUUUAUGUGAUGCUGCUGCCCAGCCCAUACCCCAUCUACUCAGCAAUCAACAUGAUUCUUUUUCAACUCUUUGCAUUCCUGGCCUUCGCCUCUCAUCUGCGCACCAUGUUCACUGAUCCGGGUGCCGUGCCAAAGGGAAAUGCCACAAAGGAAAUGAUUUCCAUGAUGGGCUUUCGAGAAGGUCAGGUCAUCUUCAAGUGCCCCAAGUGCUGCAGUAUUAAACCAGAGCGGGCGCAUCACUGCUCAGUCUGUCAGAGAUGCAUCAGAAAAAUGGACCAUCACUGCCCUUGGGUCAACAAUUGUGUGGGAGAAAAUAACCAAAAAUACUUUGUUUUGUUCACAUUCUAUAUAGCUUUAAUUUCGAUUCAUGCUCUCUUCCUAUCGGUGAACCACUUCAUAUUCUGCAUACGGCAUGAGUGGAAAGAGUGCUCAGUUUACUCGCCACCAGCAACGGUGGUUUUUCUUUUGUUCCUCGUCUUCGAAGCACUUCUUUUUGCCAUCUUUACGGCAGUGAUGCUAGGAACCCAAAUGCAGGCGAUUUGGCAUGAUGAAACUGGUAUUGAGCAACUGAAGAAGGAAGAGGCUCGCUGGGUGAAGAAGAGCAGGUGGAAGAGUAUUCAGUCCGUUUUUGGUCGUUUCUCGCUUGCGUGGUUUUCGCCGUUCUCCAGUCCUCAACUACGGAGUAAAGUGGAGUCAUAUUUGCACUCGGUUUGAUUAGUUUUCAAUUAAAAUCAAUUCCAUUGUGCCACACAUUUCGUGUGAUGCAAGUUCAAAAUUUGUAUUCCAGCAUCGAUGUUAAUCAUAUUAUCAGCCGCUGCAGUUUCAUUCAGCAAAAAACUAGAUGUGCAUCUAAAAUUCACUGAUUAAUCAGAACUACACAUAUUUAUAUCCCUGAGCUUUUGCAUAAAAACUGAUCAAUUUUUGAAGAUUUAGGUUCUCAGGAAAUUGUGAGUGUGGAUAUUUCAAAAAAUAAUUUUUGUGCAUUUCUGUAUAAAAAGUUCAAAUUCACCUCACAAUGACAAUAACUCAUCUAAUUUGGUAUCAACAAAAAUGAUGUGUCAUUAUUUUUGCAUAAAAGUAAAUUUGGCUUCAGAGAAAAUUGCGUGAAAUUGCUUCCUAAGUGGCGCAGUAAUCAUAAAUUGUAUAAUAUGACACGAGCAAGCUUUUCAUUAUCAAAUAGGUGUGAGCAAAUUAAUUAUAUUAUUUAUCUCCAGUGGCAGGAGAGAUGUUUUUGGUCAUAAUUCGCAUUAUAAACUUGUAAGCUGUAAUAAUAUUAUCAAAUUUGCACAUUAAAACUACACACUCUGUAGAACACUGGUUUUUUGAGGAAAGUGAUUUUAGGUUGCUGUAUUAUACUGAGACUUAACACUUUUAAUUUUUAUGUACAUAUGUUUUGUCUUUUUUUGUCUGUUAUUUCUUUUUUGUUUAUAACUGACCGAAUUUGUAUUACUAACGAGUAUGUACUAAUGAUUGUAUGUAUUACUUCAGUAUUUCAUAAUUAUGUAUAACUUAUUGGUGAUAUUUUUAUUUUUAUGAAGAAAUAAGUGAUUUCGGAUGCUUUUUUGUUGCUUUAGGAAAUAAAUGUGCU